GGACCAGAAACUAAGAUAAGGUGAUAAGCACACGUGGCACAAACCCAAUUACUGCUCUACUCCUACAAACACAAAAAUCUCUCUCCUCCCAAUCCUCUCUCCCUCCACUCCCCCAACUUACCAAACCAUGGCCUCAACCACGCUCCUAACUCCCACAUCUAAACUCAAAUCCCUCCCUCCAAUCAAGGCCACCAAACCCACCACCACGGCCACCACCACAACCACAAUUCCACAACCCCGCCGCCGCGAAUUCUUAUCUUUCGCGGCUGCGGCAGCAGCAACUCUGUCGUCACCAGCAUGGCUUUUCCCACUGACACCAUCCGCAUUUGCGGCUUCUGACGAAGAAUACGUUAAGGAAACAGAGGAGGUGAUCAGCAAGGUGAGAAACACCAUUAACAUGGACAGGAAUGAUCCCAAUGUGGCUUCUGCUGUGGCUGAGCUCAGAGAGACAUCAAAUUCUUGGGUGGCUAAGUACAGGCGGGAGAAGACUCUGCUUAGCAGGGCCUCUUUCAGAGACAUGUAUUCGGCAAUCAAUGCAGUGUCAGGGCAUUAUGUUAGUUUUGGACCAACAGCUCCACUUCCGGCCAAGAGAAAGGCGAGGAUUUUGGAAGAGGUGGAAACUGCAGAGAAGGCCUUAUUAAGAGGCAGGUAAAUUCAAAAACAAAAAACA